AUGGCUCCGUCCACCCGUGAGAGGAUCAUCAAAGAGGCUUCUCCCCUGGUCAGGCGAAUAGCGGAAACCGAAUACGCAGCACAAGCCCUUGAAAAACAAAAACUUAAGAUAGCAGAUCUGGAUAAAGAAAUCGAAGCCAAACGAACGGAUGUCCGAAGAGCUUCCCAGACUAUCGAAGACAAGCUUACGGACUUCGAAAAAUUACAAGAUUCGCAUGUGAGACGCCUCGGAUACAAACUAGCGGGCAAGGAAGAAAGGUUCGAAGAGAAAACAAGUCAAGAAGAGACAGCAUGGCAGGAUGCUAUCCGGGCUAAGUAUGCGAGGGAAGAAAAACUUGAGGAACUGUUCAGCAAACGGCGCGACGCGGGUGAUAAAGAAUGGACACUAAGCAGCAACAAGCACAUCAACAACGAAACAAAAAAGGCACUGGAAAGCUUAACCAAAGGCAUAUUCAGCGGACCACCACCUCCAGAAUUUCCAGAAGAGGGCGAGCAAAGACGACUAAUAGCCGAAGUGUGUGAAGAAGCCAAAGCUGUCGAUGAGCGGGUGGGGGCUUGAUAGGACAGCCUUACCUUACUUAGAAUAGGCCGACCACGCGAUCGAGGAAAUUUUGAAAGGCUAUGUUACUGCACGUAGGAUUGACCUAGCUACCGCCGAGGGAAAGCUUAGGCAUAUACAAAGCAUCGUGUGGCAUGCUUCGCAGUCAUUCAUGGAAGCACAACAAAACCAACCUCUGAUCGAAAGUAUUGGACUGUCAGUAUUGCCCAAGUUGGAUGCCAAACCUCCAAACGAGAAAUUCUUGGAAUUGCUAAAGACGGCGAGGACUAGGUCGGCCGAGGAGUUAGAGAAGGUUAGAUUGAGGUUUGAGGCGUUCGAGCCAGAAAGGCAAAAUGCUUGGAAAACAUGUUAUGAGAGGAGAGGGGAGUUGCAGAACCUGAGAAUGAAGAUUAUUAUGGAUGUUGCGGGUAUCGACAAAACAGCCUGA